AUGUCUGCCAUAGAUAAGGUCAAGAACGUUCUUCACAUCAACAAGGACAAGGGUGAGCACUCUACCACCGGCACCCAUUCCACGGGCACCACCCACAACACCACUGGCACACAGCACGCCGGUACCGCUGAGGGUGUUGCUGGUCCUCACAGCUCCCGUGUAGGCAAUGCACUUGAUCCUCGUGUUGAUUCCGAUCUCGACCAUAGAGGAGCGACCACCGGCUCUGGCCUCACUGGCACUCAUGGCACGACUGGAGGAUACGCAGGUACUGGGACCGGAGCCACUGGCACUGGGCUGACUGGCACCCACGGCACCCAUAAUACUCAUGGAACGACUGGAGGAUACGCAGGCACUGGCACCGGCACUGGCACCGGUAUCACUGGCACCCACGGCACUCAUAACACCCACGGCACGACUGGAGGAUACGCAGGUACUGGCGCCGGGCUGACUGGCACUACUGGCAAUCACACCGGUACCCACACUGGCACAGGCCACACUGGCUUCGCUGGCGGAGUUUCUAACUCUACCAAUGCCGGACCUCACGACUCCAACAUGGCUAACAAGUUGGAUCCUCGAGUUGACAGCGAUCUUGACGGUCGUGGAAACCGCCACGGAGCUGCAACUGGCGGCAUCAUGGGAGCUUCCGGUUCUCACGCCACUGCUGGUUCAGGAACUGCCCAAAACACCGCUGGACCCCACAAUAGUGACAUGGCCAACAAAAUUGACCCAAGAGUCGACAGCGACCGUGACGGAUCAAAGACUUUUGGAGGCAAUAAGACUCAUGCAGGCAACCACCAUCGCGAUCCUAGUGAUGCCUCUCAAGUUCCACCGUCGGUCUUUGCAGCUCAUCAGGGCGAUCCACAGAUCAUGCAUAACGAUCAGAAGCAUGAUCAUGCCAGACGUCAUAGCGUGUCUUAUCAGGAUAAGCUUUCGGGCAUUUGA